GAGGAUGAUGAUGAUGUAGACAGCUUGAGUGGACCGUCCAGCCCCGGGUCUUCGGAGAACUACUCUGAACAUCACACUAUGCUGCCCACACAGACACCGAGCUCCGACUCGACCACGCUAGUCAACAUCUACACCAACGCCAACGCCACCACCAAUGACGAAGACAACAACACCAAUGACGAAGACAACAACACCAACGAUGACGACGGUAACACCACGCCCAGCGACCUCAUCUACAGCGCGUCGGACGUGCCCAUGGGCUACGCGGAGGCGUGUCGCAUGAGACGCUGCCACAGCUUCAGCCAACCGCGGCGGGGGGCGGGCCGAGGGGCGGGGCUAGGGGCGGAGACAGACCAGUCCACCAAACGUCCGGAGACAGACAACCCUGGGGCAGCAGUGACCAGUGGUCAGCUGGCCAACAGCUGUGGCCUUGAGGCCUCGUCCCCGGCCAGCGACUCGAGCCAGGAGUCUCCGCCCGACCCCGCCCACAUGUUCGCCCAGCUACAGCGGCGCGCCAUGACGCCCACACCGCGCCAGGAGCGACUGUCUAGUAGCCGGACUACCGACGAUGACCUGGACUAUAGACCGUCAAAGCUGGUGCGGUCUCACACGCCCCAACCCUACCACUUCAAGCAGGCCGCUGCGCCAUCUACCGUGCCAUACUACCAGUCACCGUCUCAGAUACAACAACAGCAGCAACAACAACAGCAGCUGCAACAGCCGUUUAUUCCGGAUUACCUGCAGCAGCAACUGUGGCACCCGGCGCAGCAGCAGCAACUUUUGCAGCAGCAGCACGUCCGCCAACAGCAGCUGCUGCAGCUACAGCAACUUCAGCAGCAGCAGCAGCAGCACUUUCAGCUUCAGCAGCGGCUAGUGCAACAGCAGCAGGUUCAACGACCCCCGCAACUUCUGUCUCCGCAACCGCCGUCGUUGUCUUUGGAACAGUCAGCCUGUCCACAGCAGCAGCAAAAUGGAAAUGUUAAUAAUAAUAAUAAUAGCAAUAGUAAUAAUGUUGAUAACGACGAUGAUGAUGAUGACGAUGACGAACUGCCUACUCUCAUCACGUACGACUUGAGGAACGUGGCCAAGUCCGGGCCCAUCGUGUACGAAAACCUUCCGCCACCUAAACACUCGCAGAUCCACAACAACUACUACAGCAACACCACUAUCAACAGCAACAACAUCAACAACAACACGGAUGACUCUGCGGCGUCAUCCAACACUUCCUCCCUGCUGAGAACCCCUUCGUCCCCCGCACACCUCCGCUCACAACCGCAACUACAACCACUGCCGCAACAACUACAGCAACAACCGUUGACUUCUACAGCAGGUGUGACGACAGAUCUCCUGUCACAACAUCCUGUUCUAGGGGGGAAUGUGCAGGGGAUGAAUCAACAUCAGCAGCAGCAACAACAGCAACAGCAGCAGCAGCAACAAAAUCUGACGCCUCCCCAAACAGCAAAGCUGGGUAAUACCGCAGCAACAGCAUCAGCAGCCGGGGCAUCUAUAACAGCUGCAGCUGCAGACGCGAAGAAGUCUCAACAACAGCCCAGUACGGACAGUAAAUCCGCAGCCGAUUCAAACUCGUCCAAAAAUAAAACGACGUCGAAGAAAAAACUAUCGAAGAAAGAGAAGAAUGCGAAAAAGAAAGGUGGUGGUGGUGGGGGGGAAGAUGAAGAGAACGAGGCGGCGUCACAACAACAACAACAGCAGCAGCAGCAACAGGAGCAGCAGCAACAGGCUGGGAAGGCGACAGUGACCAGGACGGAUUCGAACACGAGUCGUGGAGGAAGCGGGCCGAGCUCGGACAGAUGGCAGGCGGUUCUGUCUGAUGGCGCAGCCCAGGGCCAAACUCUGUGGGAAAACGUGCAGAGGAAGAUCGUCUCAGACCCUGCUGAGCUGCCCGAUCCAUCAUCAUCGCCGUCUUCAUCCGUGUUGUUGUCACCCUCUAUGUUAUCUUCAUCAUCGUCGAUGACGACAGGUGUCCUCGCGGAAAAGAACUCUGUCACGUCACCGUCAUCGUCACAUCUCCCUGUCGGGCCGUUACAUCACCCAGCGUCAAUGUCAUCAUUAUCACACUCUUCUUCAGCUGCCGCCGGUCCUUACAACGGAGGAGGUAACGCCAGCCAUCUCGGCCCGACGCAGAAAACUGUGCCCAACGGUAUUCUUAAAAACUCUGGUGGCGCUCUGCCCUCUAGUGGUCAGCGUGCGGGAGUAGCACAACGCCCUCCCUCCCCCAAUCCCAGCCCCACUCGGCCUCAUGUCCGGACCAUUAGCCGGCUACCCUCUAGGCCAGCUCACUCCAUCAUUACCCGGCUCUGGAUCUGGACAUGCCAUCUACCCCCUCCCUGAGAACCAGCGAGCCUUCGUCCCCAUCGCCCACUCUUCCACCUCCACCAACAACUACGAGGACAUCGACUCUGUCUCUCCCCCCUCUCCUCCUCCUCCUCCUCCCCCUCCCCCCUCCUCCACCACCACCCACCCAACCAGACACACAGUACCAACCCCCCCACCCAAACCCGAGCGCAAACACAGCAGAAAAGGGGCACAUCCCAACAACAGCAACAACAACAGCAACAACAAAUCUGGGCCGGAAGACGGACAGCAACCGGUGCUGAGACCCAAGAGUUAUCUCAACGCUGUCGACGCCAUGUCGGGGAGAGGUGUUGCCGACGGUAGCCAUGGCAACCCCGAAUCUAACACCACCACCUCCACCACCACCGCCGCCCAGAAGAACAAUGUCUCCCAGAAAGUGUUGACCCACUUAGCAAUGGAGGGGCCCGUUCGAGACGAGGAUCGAACCCUGAACCCUCCCGUGGAAGACCGCGGCCAUUUUGUGUCAGCCAACGGAGAUAUUUACGCUCAGGCGCGGAGGAAGGCGAGUCCCAAAAGUAUUCCUCAGAUUUAUCAGAAUCUGCAGCAGCGCUCCCCUGUUCCCAUGGAAUCGAACCCCUUUCCUCCACCACCACCACCACUAUCACCACAACAACAACACCAUCAUCAACAACAACAACAACAACAGCAACUGCAACAGUUGCCCCAAUACCAUCCCCACCACAACGGACAUCUUCCUCGAGGUUUACCACAACAACACCAACAACAACUACAACAACAACAAUUACUACAACAACAGCAACAUCAUCUCCCGUACCCACAAAUCCCACCACCAUCGUCCUCCUCAUCAUCUCCGUCCCCCGCCACCUCCUCCUCCUCCCCGCACUCCCGCCAGACAAGCUCCGCCUUCCACAGCCUCGAGUCGCGCAUGGGCCCCUCCCCCUCGCCGUCAAUCAACGAGGUGUGUGACACGGACCUCGACGAACUGCCCACCCCUCGCUGGCACAGAAGGCAACAGCUCCGCUCCCAGUCCUUCUCGCCCCCGCCCUACAGCCCGCCUCCUCUUUACCAGUCGAUGGAUUCCAUUAACCCUCGUAGCUCUGUUCGAUCUACCUCCAGCUCGUCCUCCGAGGCACACAACACGUCGUACACGUCAUCAGAGCGCUCGUGCACGCCGCUAGGAGACCCCUACUUCCCCAGACUCCAUGGUCAAGGCCAGGGUCACUUAGGUCAAGGUCAGGGUCAAGGUCACCCGGCGUUUGCAGUUUCUCACCCGCACCACCCCCACCCCCACCUCCAGCCGCCCCAUGGCAUGUCUCGGGGCCGGGUCCCCACCAGGUCGGAUCAUCGCAGGAUGGAACACUUCCCGCCAAGUUACCACCACCCCCACCAUCAGCAGCCCUCUCGUCCGACACAGAACGUACCCCACCCCGCCGCUCACAACCGUUUCGGCCCCUACAGAGAUAAUAACAUACUGCAAGAUCCUGCGGUAGACGAUAAUAUUUACAAUAAUACUACUAAUACUACUAAUAAUAACAACGAUAGCAAUAGCAACAACAACAACAACGGCAGUAAUAGUGCUUUGGCACAAGGUCAGGGUGAGCCGUAUAUGCUAAUGAGGCGCUGUCAGUCAGUGGAAGAGGGGCGGGGCCAGACGUCGCUUGCUCAGGGGUUGGGCGGAUAUAACUCUCAGAGGGGGCGGGCGACCGCUGCACAGACAGCCGGGGGCGGCGGGUUUUAUCAGCCCAGCAUUGACCCGCUCAAGCCACAGCUCCGGAACUCCCCGAAUGGCCACCUCCCAGCCGCUGCCUUCGAGAAUGACCUUUACCAUCGGGGUCAGGGGUCACAGCCGAAGAUUUUACGGCAGAUGAGUCAGCCUGGUAGUAGUGGUGGUAGUCAUAGCAACGGUAGUAGUAAUCACCACCUCAACUGCAAUAACGGUAGCAAUAACAACAGCAGCAGUAGUAGUGUGGUUGCGGUUGUUGGGGGUGGUGGUGGGGUUAGAAGGGCGGGUGGUCUUGAGUCUGGGUUGACGUCCGGGGUUCGAACCCCGGAUCUGGCUGGGUAUAUGGGCGUGGUGCGGCUGACUGAUUCUGGGGGGGGUGGGGAUGGUGGUGGAGUGGACAAGGACUUUGCCGAGACGGUCAUUUGAGGGGUCAUUUUUGAGGAUCAUCUGGGGGUCAUUUGAGGGGUCAUUUUUGAGGAUCAUCUGGGGGUCAUUUUUGAGGAUCAUCUGGGGGUCAUUUGAGGGGUCAUUUGGUCGCUUUUUAGCACAAGGGGGCUAACCCGAAAAAUGCUGUUUUGGGAAAAUCGAAGGUAAAG